AUGGAUUUCAUUCAGGAGCAUAAUGAAAUUAAUAGCACUUAUGUUAAUAGACGCUUGACACGUGAUUCACGAGAUUUAAUUAACAAAUUCGUUGAAAAGCCACACGCUUUAUUUUAUCGAAAUGAACGACGUGGGCUCACUAAAACUAUGCCCGUUUUGUACAAUAAUUUGACAUUAGACAUUACAACCGAGCCAUCGAGCACAAUACUUGAUUGGGUGUAUGAUGAUAAUCUAACAACAACUGAAGACAUGCUUUUUGGGACAGAAAUGUUUGUGACUUCAGAGUUUGAAAAUGUUACCGAUAUAACACUAUUUGAUAAGAAAAGUACCACAGAGAAACCUAAAUUGAUUCCAAAGAAGUCUACUAAGGAUCUUAAAUGUGAUUGUAAUAUUUUGUAUAAAACAUGUGACAUUAACUGCUGCUGUGACACCGAUUGUUCUGAUGCUGAGAAGAGUUUAUUCAUACAUAACUGUAGAAACCAAGUCUGUCAGGGGCCUGACAAUAAAAUCCUACGCUCAUGCUAUUCUCAUAGUGAAUGUGAAAAUAAAAUAACUCCACAUUUUUUAGAAAAUUUAUUUUGUAUUUCUAAAUCUAACUUACCUGAUAGACGCUUAACAGACAUACAGUUUGAUGAGGCAGCAAUUUAUAGACAUCCCAGAUGGCAUAUAGGUGAAAGGCAACAAGCACUGUACGAGUUUAAGAAUAAUGUUUAUAAGUACAAUGAUCCAAUAUGGCUAAUUAACAAUAAAUCCAUUUACUAUGCCGACAUACCAGUGCCUAUAAGCAAUCAUUACUGCAGCGGAAGAAAACCUAUAAAGUUCCUCGUCAAUGAGAAUAUUAAUUGUAUUGUAAGAUUAAAUGAUCUUCACAUGUUUCAAGUUUUAAAAACCAUUGAAGGAAAUGUAUUGAGCCCUGUGGGAACAUUCAAUACAACUAUAAAGCAGGUUUGA